AUGAUCCAGAAACGACCCCAGAGACAAUUCAAGACAGAAGAGUCGAUGGAGCAACUAGAUCCUGUUUCCAAGCGAAGGCUGCAGAAUCGCCUCAACCAACGUGCCAGUCGUAAGCGGAAGCAGGCAGAAAGACAAAAAGAGCAGCGAGAGCACCGUUGGAUUAUCUAUACCAACGAGACACGGGGCAUUCCCGCGAUAGACGAUGUUCGCGGUAACGGGACGCCGGAACCAUCCCCAGUGUCUGAAGACUCCCCGAUAAGCCAAGACCUCAACGGUCUCUCAUGUAGUAACUCGCCGCUUUCCCCAGCGCAAUAUUUCCAUCGAUUAAGAAGGCAUUUGGUCGAGGGCGCUGGCGAAAUACCGCCUUCUCCCAGUCUUAUUCACUCCGUGACACAGUUCAAUAUCAUACGAGCGAUGUUUCAGAAUGCUGCCACCAUGGAUCUGACGAUGGAGGCUUUACGCGAAGAUAUCGCUUCAUUAUUUAAUGUUGCUGGGCCAAUCACUUUCCAUCUACCGCCAAGCCUACAACCAAGCUCGACGCAAAAGCAAAUUAUCCAUCAUCCGUGGAUUGAUCUCCUACCCAUUCGUUCAUUUCGAAAUACCUUGAUUCUGAAGAUGUCAAAAUACGACGACGAGGAACUUUGUGCAGAUCUUUAUGGCCUGCGUGCAUAUUCAGGACAAGUGGGGAUGAUUGUUUGGGGCGAGUCGUGGGAUCCCCGAGCGUAUGAAUUAUCAGAGGAAGUGGUGCAGAAAUGGAGCUGGAUGUUGAAGGACUCUCCAGAGCUUCUAGUGUCUACAAACUUUUGGAGGAAAAAGCGAGGGGAGAAGGCGUUAAGAUUGCCCGAGCCGUCCGAGCAUUUCAUUCACGAAAUUGAAUAA